CUCAUCAGACAGAGCAUUGAAUUUCCUGUGUAGACAACAAGACUUUUGAUUUUCUGAAAUCUGUUCAGUUAAAGAUUUAGGUCAACGGAAACCAGAGCUUCAACAUGUUCACAAAUUCGAACAAAAUGGCUGCAGAACUUCAGGAAAAAGAACAACGCCCAAUCGAUAGCAGACCACUUCCUGAUGGCAAGAAGUUCCACGUGUUUAUAUCCUACAGUGAAAGUGACAGAUCCUGGGUAGAAACAGUAAUACAACACUUACAAAAUGAUUACAAUUUUACGUGUUUUGAACAUUCAACUGAUUUUAUACCAGGAAGAAAAAUAAGAGAAAACAUAGAAUAUGCAAUAUUGAAUUCUGUGAAAACACUAUGUGUUAUAACAGAAGACUAUAAUCAGAGUUUUUGGUGUCAAUUUGAAGUAGAGUUUGCUAUACUAAAGUUGCUAGCUGAAAUGAAAGAAAAUGUCAUAAUCCCAGUUUUAAAGGAGGAAUGUGAGAUACCUGGCUAUCUUAAACCAUUUACCUACAUAAAUGGCACUGGAGAUAUGAACGUCUGGCUUCCUAAGCUUGCAUCGGCCAUUGAGUUAGAAGGGGAGCAAUAUAACCAUGAAUUAGCAUUAAACCGAGUAAAAAAUGCAGUGAACCGAAAUCGAAACCUAGACCUCCUUCAUGAAGAGACAAGUCAUAUCAGUUGUAGAGGACCGGUUUUUAGGUGGAAGUAUGUGCCAGAAUCUCUUAGUAUAGCACCAAUGAAGGUAUAUAUCUGUAAAACAAAACCUGAAUAACCAUUCCCGUUCUGUUUUUGAACAUAUACGUUAUAGACUAUGAUUUGUUCUUGUCAUGAUCGACGAAAUAGAUGCAACUAGGGACGCUUACUCUGAGAUCACAUUUUGUUUUGAGCAGUGAUUACUCUGUUUAAUCAAUGUGUUUUCCUUGCAGUAUAUUGUGAACUGUUAUAUGACAUUUUCUGUUUGUCGUUUUCCUUUUACCCCUGAUGUUUCUGCCCAAGCAUUUGACCUG